GUCCUCGACUCGUCCGUCGGCAAGCCCGCGCAGGGCGUCAAGGUCGAGCUGAGCCAGAUCAACGGCACACAGGCGCAGGUACUUGCUACUGGAUCCACGGACAGCGACGGCCGCGUCACCACCCUCCUCAACCCCACAACGCAGCUCCAGGCCGGCGUGUACAAGAUGCGCUUUGAGGUCGGCGACUACUUUCAGUCUCAGAACGUGCAGGCCUUCUACCCCUAUGUUGAGAUCACAUUCAACCUUGCAAACCCCGGGCAGCACUACCACAUCCCCCUCCUCCUUGCGCCCUUCUCGUACAGCACCUACCGCGGAAGUUGAACCGCACAUAAUUCAUAAACUCUAAUGCCACGCCCGAUGACAGGAAACAUGGUAGGGGUUCUCUACUACAGGGGCAAUACAAUCUCUAUGAUACGAGCCGAAAAUGUCCAUUGAGCUGCUAGAACACUGCAAUCGAAUUGUCGUCGCUAUUCGUGUGGCAGGGACAGAGAGGCGGCGGGUGCAAGUGACGCGUGUUGGAGAGGCGCACCCGCCGCGUCAUCGCUAUCCCU